AAUAGGGAGAAUGAGCGUUUGACAGCUGCCGCUUUCCUGCUACAGAUUUCUUGGAAACAAAAGAAUACUUAUGCUUCAUUUAUCCGCGGAAGGUUUCGGAUAGUUACACAGAACCUCUGCUUGUAUGGCCGCUGCCGUGAGGAAUAAUGUUUGGGUUGCUCCGCGGCAGGACGCGCAGUUCCUCCAGAAAAGCACCGCACCAGUGACAGCCGACGGUCUUAGAGGUGAAGAUCAUGGACAAGCGCUCUGUAACACGAGGGAUGCCAUCCCGGGAACUUCCUCCUUCCAUGAUUAUAAUUUGGGUAAAUCCGAGAUGGACAGCUAUUUGUGUUCACAAACACAGGAUGUAGUAAAUUCCAAAAUGCUGUGCAGAGACAGCACCCUGACUCUAGAGCAGCCUUUCACCGAGGACUUCGCCUCCCCUUACAGCGUCAGCAUGAGUUUGCUCCUUCCUGAUGUCACAUACCUGCACCCAGGCCUUUGCAGGACUAUGAGACAGAUCAAAGCCGAGCCAACAAACUCUCUGAUGCAUCCCACGUGUCAGGGGAACGGAGUAUCGCCAGCAGUCCCCGAAUACCCGGGUUUUUUCAGUGCGGCUGACACUGCUAGUGGUAACUUCUUCAUCAAACAGGAAGUGCCAGAUUUCCAGGACGUUCCCCUAUUUCAGCUUUUGAACUCUGAUUUGGAGCAGCUUGUUCAUGGCUCGCAGGUGAACUCCAUCCCCAUAGCCCCGUUAAGUGUUCCCAUUGGGAAUGUUCAUGUCGGCCAAGUCCAGAAUUCUGCUAAACCUGCAAGCAGCUUGCAGAAUGAAUGUUUUUCAUUUAAUCAGCGUGUAGGCCGUCAGCCAGGCUCCACCUAUUUGCCACCUUCUCCACCAAACUCUGAGCCCUCAAGUCCAGACAGGGGCAAAGAGCUCCUUCACAACUUCUCCCCACCUCCAUCCUAUGAAGCCAGCAUCGCCUCUAAGUUAAAUUUUCAGACCCACAAUUCCAUUGAUCUUGGACAGACUCCCAGCAUCGCUCCAAUCCAAAACCAAGAUCAAAAUUCCACUUCUGGAUACAUCCAAAGUCCAGGUGCUGGACCAGUCCAGCGCUCAAGCCUGACACCAGUUCAAACAACAUCGGGUAUUGGCCCACUGUCCCCAGUGUUGGCCCAGUCAGCUCCGAUUAAGUACAAUCGAAGGAAUAAUCCUGAUCUGGAGAGACGGAGGAUUCACCACUGUGACGUCCCAGGCUGCAAGAAAGUAUACACAAAGUCUUCUCAUUUAAAAGCUCAUCUGCGGACCCACACAGGUGAGAAGCCGUACCAGUGCUCCUGGGAGGGAUGUGAGUGGCGCUUCGCCCGCUCUGAUGAGCUGACGCGCCAUUUCAGGAAGCACACCGGGGCAAAACCCUUUCAGUGUGGAGUGUGCAGCCGUUGUUUCUCCCGCUCUGACCACCUGGCCCUGCACAUGAAGAGGCACCAGAGCUAGAAACCUCUUCCUAAAACCAUCAAGUCAGUCUUCCUUUUUUUUUUUUUUUUUUGGACAAAGCACUGGCACAUACAUAUCAGCAAAUAAACAUGUUAAAAACUGUGAUUUCUUUCACUCACUCCCAAGGAGAAGAUAAUCCUAGCAGUGCUGGCCCACAAGUAAUAAGAAGUUGUUUUUAUUUUUUUGUUUUUGUAAAAAGAUAAAAUAUUUUUGUUGCCUUAUUUUAUUUCCACAAAAAUGCCUCAGUGUUGAGGAUAUUUGCAAAGGUGUCAGUCAAAAAAAAAUCUAAUGUAAUAACAUAAAUAUAGUGGAUCUUUUUAAAAAUUUUAAACAAACACAAAUUGAAAUAUAAAUUUUAUAUUUAGGCUUUUUCAUUGUACACAUCAUAUCACCCACGGAUCAUAAGGACAUUUAUUUAGUAUGCUGCAAACUGCUGCACUGGAAGUGCAGAUAUCUACGUAUGCUAUUAGCUGGAGUAUGUUGUUCUAGGCAGCGGGUCAAAGGGUUGGCUGUGCAUGUGUGUAAUGUAGAAAGUAAAAGCACUUAGUUGAAGCUGUACGUGAACAAGAGUUGUCGAUUUUUCUGAAGUGGCAGUGGGAGGAAUAACUGUUGGGAUGAGCACUGUUUGCGAGCCACGAGGCGAACGCAGGUGCUUAUGGCGUGAAGGCACUCGGUGCGAGAUAUUAAGGGUUGAUUGGACAGCACUGUGAAUGAUCUGGAUCUGUGCGCUACACUGUAACACACAUGUGGUCAUCGCAGAGAGGGGUUGUCUUUUAGGUGCAGGAGAUAAAGGCAAAUGGUGCAUUUUGUUUUCAGGACCUCUAUGAACGCUUUUCAUGACUUUGCAUUUAUUUCUCCUGUUUGUUAUCAUCACGGACAAAUCCAUUCGUUCUAGUCUGGACUUUGUUUUGGUUGUGGAUGAGCAAAUUUAACAUUGAACUUCCUUUUUUUUUUUUCUUUUUUUUCCACUGCCUGUGUGAACGUCUGUCAGAGUUUACGGUUUCUUUGACUUCCCUCCAAAUAUCAAACAACGUUUUGAAAAGUGCCUUUAACUGCUUCUUUUUGAAUGAAUGGAAAACAAAGCUGCCCCCGCCUGCUAAAAUGAUUCGCUAUGUUGGCUCUUCCUCCUAAUUUCUAUAACAUAAUAAUACAAAAAUCUCUAUUACAUGACCAAAUUUCUUUAGAAUUUGAAUAUGGUUGAACAAAAUCAAUUUGAAAGUCUCUGUUAUUUAAGAUGUAUAUAUUUUGUAUUUCGUGUUUUAAGAUAAAAUUGAUGUAUUAUUUUGGGUUGCAUCACAAUUUUAAACUUCUUUUUUUAAAUAAAUUAAGAUUGUUUAUUUUUGUUUGACAGAGUACAAAAAAGGAUCAGAUUAUAUUACAUUGCUACAGCUGACACUGUUUAUGACUUUAUCCAGCCAAGAAAGCACCUCAGUGGAUUAGUGAGUUACUGCAAUACUGUUAAAUAAAUAAAUAUGCACAAAGGGUAGCAACUUGUGUUGAAGCUGAAACAUUAACAUGUAGCCUAAACUGAUCAAAUGUCCAGUGGAGCCACGUGUUCC